AUGGAGAUAGAACCAGACUGCAUUAUUAGCUCUGAAAGUUUCGACAAGUAUGCACUUGACGAACGCCGUCGAACCUCCAACGAAAGAGUUCAAGACUUCCUAGAUCGAGGCCUUAUGAGCCAAGUUGUCGUUUACCAGAGGUUUACAGAGGAGUUAUCUGAGAGACUUACCAGUUUUAAACGGUCUGAUCAACCUGCCGUAAUAGAAGACAUCAGACAUUUAUUCCGUCGACUGUGCGACCCAAAGAACGGAUACCUCUCUGAGGCGGCGUUCAAGCGCCUAGUUGCGGAGAGGCUCUCUGAAUUUGGAGUCAAUAAAUCAUCGAAUGCACCCGCGCUGCUUUUCAAAGUUUGCAGCUCGCAUGCAUUCUACCCCUUUCCAGCAUCAAACAGCGGCUCAGAACAGGCUGAGAUCGAUGAGGAUAGUUUUGUGCGCGCAGUUUGUCUACUAACGCUAAGUCCUGCCCAACGACACGGCAACCAAGUUCCGGGAACUGUGCAUCGCUGUUCUUCAGGAAUCUGGGGCCCACAUGAUGGUUGGUAUAUUGCCAUCCGCGGUAAAGACGCGAGCGACUUCCGCAGACGGUUGUUCCGGAGCAUUGCUCUUCCUGCCAGCUCUGGCACCAGCACCAGCUACGACACAAAAAUAACGGUCCCUCGGUUUAUAUGGUUCAAAUCUGAAAACGAAGAAACUGAUUUUGGGCCUGAACCCGACCAGCAGGUUGUUGUUACAGAGGACGAGAGCGAGUUAUUGAUCGAUAUUAUAGACGUCCUUUCAGAGUGUCCGCCCGAAGCUGAUAGGCUGACUGCAAACCCGUUUCGCGAAAGUUACUGUAUCGUCCUACCAUCGCUGCCAAAACGGAUUGGCGACUUAUCUAUGCUUUUUAUCCCUAGGAUGGAGCUUGUGGCGUUAUUAGAGCUGGUCCACCAAGUACAGGGGGAAAACUUGGUGGAUUUAGCAGCGGCGAUUAGAGGGCUUGGUAAUGAGGAGAAAAUUAGCUGGAAGAGGUUCGACUCUGCAAUGUCGGAGCAAUCCGAAUAUAUUGCCGCUAGUAUUUCGAAGAUUUUUAGCGCCCUUUUAAUUACCUAA